AAAGCAGGCAGAGCGGCUGUGAGGAAGCUGCAGCGCCGCAUUCAGGAAGUGUCCCAUCAGCUGAGUGAGCGGAUCAGCUGUCACGGGUCUCCGGGCUGACCCGGUCAGAAGUCAGUGUGGCUGACCGCUGACUUUCUCCGCAAAACUCCACACACCACGGGAUGUAAAUCAGAGCCGUUAACGCCGGAGUGUCGUUCCGUCCAUUUGACUUUGACUCAGUUGUUGUUGGAUCUGCAGUGAGGAUGCCUCUGAUAACGGUUGUGCCUGAGAACCACAGUCACGUACUGGCAGAGUUCGACUGCCUCGAUCCGCUCCUCUCUGCUCUACGUUUUGACUCCGGCAGGCUCAAGUGUACCUGCCUGGCAGUGUCGAGGAAGUGGCUUGUAUUGGGAACCUCAGCAGGAGGGCUGCACCUGAUUCAAAAGGAGGGCUGGAAACAGAGACUUAUUCUGACUCACAAGGAGGGAUCUAUCACUCAAGUGGCGUGCUGCCCUCAUGACGAAGAUUUUAUUGCAGUUGCAACAAGUCAAGGUCUGGUGGUGGUGUGGGAGCUGCAGCUGGAGCGGCGUGGUCGUCCAGAGCGCGUCAGUGUAUCCUCUGAGCACAGAGGACACAACAUCACCUCCCUCUGCUGGGAUACAAGCACACUUAAGGUUUUUGUUGGAGACUCAGUAGGCAAAGUGUCUUAUCUGCGGGCAGGUUCAUCUAAACUAGGCAAGGGAUCAGCAUUUGUUAUCUUUCCCGUUCAGACUGUUACCACUGUGGACUCAAAAGUGGUUCAGCUUGGAUAUCAAGAUGGGCGCCUCCUAGUGUCUUCUCUUAGUCGUUGCUACCUUUGUGACACAGAGAAGGAGAAAUUCUGGCGUGUGGGAAAUAAGGAACGUGAUGGGGAAUACGGAGCAUGUUUCUUCCCCCAGAGCAGGGGGUUAUUAGUGGGACAGCCCCCACUGCUGUACUGCGCCCGGCCGGGAUCUCGAAUAUGGGAGGCCAAUUUCAACGGCGAGGUUCUGAGUACUCACCAGUUCAAACAACUUCUCACCUGCCCACCACUGCCUUUAAUCACUUUCAGAAAUGAACCAAAUUACAAUCCAACACAGAGGGGUCCGCAGUCCCUUGGCUUCCCUAAACUGCUUUAUUUUGGAGACCAAAACCUGCUUACUUGGACUGAUUCAGCCAUUUAUAUCUUCACACCUCAGAAUGGACAAGUCCUGCUGUGGACUGAAAUUAAAGACUUGGCUGAUGUUGCAGUCCACCGCGGCGAGCUGUUCUGCCUCCACAGCAGUGGCCGUCUGUCCCACCUCUCUUUGCUGUCUGCCGAGCGCUGUGUUGAACGUCUGCUGCGUCGAGAGUCUUGGACCCUGGCCGCUGCUGUCUGCUGUAUGUUCCAGCACACAAUCAUGACGAGCAGGGCCAGGAAGUCCAUACCCAUCGAUCGCCUGGAACAUAUGAAGUCUCAGCUCAGUUCCAGCACGCAGACGGACCUGAUUACCCAGCUGGAGGCAGUGAUCCUGAAGCUGGAACCGAUGGACUCUGCGUCCAGCAGCCGCAGAAGCAGCAUUUCUUCACAUGAGAGUUUCAACGUCCUGGACUGUGGCAUCUACCGCGUAAUCAGCCGCAGAGGAAGCCAGUCGGACGAGGAGACAAGCUCCCUGAUGAAUCAGUCUGUGUCAGAGGAGGAGCGGCUCAAAGACUUCAGCUUUGCUCCGGAGGAUCAAGUGGAUCACGAUCCACAGGGCGGUGAGCGCAUGGAGGCCGAUCGACCAGACCAAGGGCUGCAGUUCCACCUCCCACUCUCAUUCCGCCCCAAACCCCCCCGCAUAGCCUUGCAGGCCGUCAAAGACAGUGUUUCAAGUUUUGUCAAGAAGACGACAGAGAAGAUCAACACCCUCCAGAUGAACUCUGAGCUCCGACAUCGGCCUGAAUUUAAAGAGGGCGCGCAGCCCGACGCAGCGUCAUACUCAGAGGAAAUGGAAAAUCAAGUUUAUAACGACAUAUCAAAUGCGGAGGCUGACAUGGACGAACUUCGUUCAGCAACAGAGCAGGCUGUUUUACAUAUACAAGAUCCUUUGGUGGUCCUGGAUCCAGUCUGUCUUAGAGAAGCUCUGAUGGAGUGGCUGCCAGUGUUGGAGCAAAUACUGGGCCCUGCUGAUCCCCUGUCAGCUUCUGUAACCAGUUCAAACCUGGAUGGGUCAGAAGAAGAGAAAUGGGAGAGGGAUUAUCUAAGCCCUUGCACAGAGCAACAAAGACAUUCAACAGAAAGUGUUACAGUGGAGGCAAAAGAGGCAGAGCUUGGCGAAAAAGAAGUCCUCUGUGAGAAACAACACACGUUAGACACAACUGAAAAUGUCACUUCACUAGAGAUUCAUCCUGAGCCCAUCCGAGUGGCAUCUCCUACACCUUUACCAUCAGAUCUGGAAGCUAAUCUGACAGAGCUUGCCACUCUGUAUACAGAGCUGAGCUGCUUCAGGAACCAGCAGGAGGUGCUGGGAUGCUCAACCUUCCUGCGUCGCUACUUCUUCCUGUUGGACCAGGAGCGAGUGAGAAGAAUGUGCCUGCUUUGUUAUCAGCAGCAGCCCGAGAUGAUGCGCUCGUUCUCUGAGGCCAUGCUAGCGCUCACUCAGUCCUGCAAGGUGGUGGAAAUUAUUCAGAAAGGUGAUUUGCUGAAAUCUCUGCGAAGCCUCAGAGAGCUGCAGCCUUGGGGAGCGCCUCAUCUCCUUGCUCACUUCCACAGGCUAUAUGAGAAGCAUGGUGAGGCAGCUGUGCGCUCGUUUUCCCAGUUCUAUCCCAUGAUAACUCCUGCUGACGUGGCGACGGUGGCUCAGCGAAGCCACUUCCUGGCAUAUCUGGAUAACCUUGUACAGUCGAGAGCUGAGGAGCACAGGUUGUCAUUUUUGCACUCGCUUCUUGACCCUGAAUCACUGAGACAGGAUUGGCUGGAGCUGGCACUUACUCACGAUGCCCCUCAACGCACUGAUACCCUGACCUCUGAUGGAAGACCCAGGUGGCAUUCACACUGCUUCACUUGGGGCUACGGACGUCUUUUGUCCUUGCUGAUUCGUCUUCCUGCAGACAUUUCAUCUAAAGAGAAGAUGAAUGAGAUAUGCCGCAGUCAUGGGUACUGGAUGGGCUACCUGUAUCUCUGCAAAGAGCUGCAGUGUCGCUCUGAAGCAUUUUCCACCAUCUGUCAGCUGGAUGACAUCAGCCUCCUGGAGGAUCCUGAUGGUGUUGAGCCUCAGAACCUGGAUGAGUGGAAGCUCCUGAUCCAGCUCUCUCAGCAGUACUGCAGUGUGGCAGACUCACAGCUGGCCACAGAUGUGAAUGGGAGCAGGUGGUCCAAUGGCUCCACAGACUGCGACGGAAGGAUCAGCCCGGAGAGCCUUAUCCUCAUGUUGGCGCGGAUGGUCGGGCCGGACCGAGCCCUGGCGGUUUUAGAUGAAUGUGGGGUGCAGGUGGUCCUGUCAGCCCGAUCCAAACUGGUGUGUGACCUGCUGAGAGUCGCAGAGAGGAGGCAGAGGGCGAUGAUUCAGACCAUGCUUGAGCGCUGUGAUCGGUUCCUCUGGUCUCAGCACGCCUAGAUCCUGACUGGUGCAUCAAUUAACUUAACACCUCCUGUAAAAUGUCACUCUAACUGCUGUUCAAGCUUGAAUGUUAUUUAUACACUGUGAUUUCUGUCAGAGCAAAAAGAAGGUACUUAUGCUUUAGUUGGAAGUGUGGUCUUUUUAUCUCCUUCAUAUCAUUGACUUGCAGGUUUUGUCAGUAUUCUUGCAUACGUUUGCAUUACUGUUUCAUUGUAUACUAUUUCAGACUGAUGCUGCAUGCUUCCACAAGCAGUAAAAUAUCUCAUCUUUGAUUUACCUGUUAUUAAAGGCCAAAGAAAUCGUGUCUUCCUGCUUUAUGCAAAAUAUAUACUUGAAGUAAUUGAAGAAUCAUGUUAAAAGCAGGUUUUAUCCGAUUAAUAAAUAAUUAAUAAAUGUCUGUGUGAAAACUGU